AUGGCUGGUUUUCCCUUGAUGCGCCAGACGAAAGCCGAAAUGCUCUGCAGAGAGGCGACAACUAAGCAGGAAAGCCACGCCGAUCAUCCGUUCCUUGUCCCAGUCGCCUUGCUAUUGAGAGUCACGAGUGUAUCCGUAUGCUCUGUCAGUCAACCUAGAAGCCGGCUGUGGAACACGCGAUGGGGAUGCAACCUAGAAGAUGCAAAUCGCCAUUUGCACUUACCUCGGAAAGGACGGCGAUACUGGAAUCACGAGAAGCAUGUAGCUGUGAUCUUCACGAUUAUUUCACGUCACAAUUGCAGCCGUCAAUUGCCACCUGAUGACGAUACCUUUGAGAUAUCCCGCCUUUCAUUGCCGCCAAAUGUUCCACAACAGUUCUCGCUGAUUAGAAUCGUUCGAAUAAAGGUCAAUAUGCCAGGAUUGAGCACAACAGCCCCCCCAGCCAUCUUGCGGGGCCGUCCGGUCGAAUACCAAAUCUGGACCAGAUGUACCGCUGAGCAGAGGCACUGGAGUUGGACGGCAGACUAUCAAAAAGGUACGAGGAUCCGUCAUACGGCCCUCGUCUCCCAAGCCAAGCGUUUGGCCCAACAAGAAGCUGUAUCCCUCUGGCAUAUCACACGAAUAAUAUGCACAAAAUGUUCAGCGAAAGCGGCGAAGGGACUUGUCACGCCGUCCAACAGGACCCUCGUGAAUGCAAAUGUACUUUCCCUCGGGGAUGGAGAGCAACUUCGCUCGUCUGUUCCGGUUGGCACUAUCCAGAAAUCCGACCCCUCGUGCCCUCCCACCAAUGCCCGCCUCAUUCCUUCUGCGCGUGGGGUUGAUCAGAGACAUGGGGCCUGGUGUGUGGCCAGCAUGGACAUUCACACCAUACGGAUGGCACACCCGCCUUUUCUACAGGCUUGCAGAACCAACAGCCCGGACGACGGCGACGAAGGGGUAGAAGCAAACAUGCUUAUUCCAGACUCUAUCGAUCUAGUCGGUGCCGGAGAACCCCUCCGGAGAGGCGGGCAAGCAAUGCUAGCCGGUGACGCCCGGCACACGGUCAAUUUUGGGGGCCGACAGCACGGCCGGCUAGAAUUCAACCAUUUGCCCACCCUCCCACGCCUCCCUGCACCCCGGCCACAGGGCAACUCUCUUUACCAAAACGCUUUCACCAGCACAGCGUUCAUUCAGACUCAUCGUUACAAGCCAAACUUCGCUUAUCCAACCACUGCAUGCAUCAUCGAUCCCGAGAUACCAGCCUUACCUGCCAUCACCAAAGCUUCGUUCAUUGAGCUCUCCACCUCCGCAAGCAAAGAAGUAGGACUGCGUCUGUCCAGUCAUCGCAUCUUGAUCACCUGUCAAACCCGAAUUCGUCCAGACACUUAUCGUGGAGUGCGAGUCACCCGACACACUGCAGGUAUUUCGUGUAGCACCUGGAAGCAAACACCCGUCGGUUGCAAGCUGUCGACAGCCACUGCCUGCUCAUCUUCGUCCAACUCUGCGGACUUUGCCCUCCCCUAUCUCAAGUCACUCUGCCACGAGCACAGUCAUCCUGGCGCAGCGCGGGUUCUACAGGAGGGGAGCCCACUGGCCCGAACCGUCACAAUUUCUUCCCAACUUCGCAUCCAGUCUAUACUCUCUCCCGCGUCGGAUUCCGAUGACGCACCUACAGCGUCCUCUACUCACACCACGCCGAAGAGGAGAUAUCAAGAAACAUUUUCGCCUUCGGAGAGAACCUCCGCGCCCCCCGCUGUAGCAGAGCCCGCAGAUAGGCAAGCUUCGGGAGGGGCCAGAUUUCACACUUCCGUCCUGCCCGACGACGAUGACUUGAGGCCGAUCUUGGCGGGAGGCUCAAGUGCCAAGAGGCCCUCUAGAGCCAUGCGGCCGCCGAUGAGAUCCAGCAUAGCUUGUUUGAGAUGCAGGAAAUCCAAAAUCAAAUGCGACAACGACAAUACUGGAUCGCCUUGCGACACGUGCAUCAAGGCAGGACACAAGUGUGAGUUUCCUGAUCCAACACCUCUUCCGGCGAAACGAUCAGAACCGCCGACUGCGCCGAAGCAGGAAAGGGAAGUCGGGCAUGACCGGAAGCGAGUGAAGAAGCUCGAAGAUGCCACGUCCUCUGAUGGACGUACUGUCGCCGCGCUUGCUCAGGAAGUGCUUUCGGCGCCCUAUCUUACCGUCGACUUGUGGCAUCAACUCUUCGACAUAUAUAAGCUGCACUUCGCUACCGAACUCCCGUUCUUACAUCUCCCGACUCUCAAGGGUAUCAUUCACGACAAAGACAUCAAGAAGCCGUCAACCGAAUCAAAUCUGAUCCUUUUGGGCAUUCUGGCUCUCACCGCAAGAUUGCACCCCGACUUGGUCAAAUAUGUGGCGCACAUCACACAUGACAAAAUCGCCGGCCCAAAAUCUCGCGGUGCUCUACCCAGGCCGGAGCCAUCAAUGGCCUCAGAGUACUUCGCAAACGCUCUUACAAAGGCACUGGGACAACUCGAAUCAGCCCUGACAUCAGCUACUGUCGUCCGUGUCCAAGCUUUUCUCAUGCUCGGCUUGUACAAAUGGAGCCAGCCGAACGGCGGCCUAGCGGCAUGGAUGUAUGUUGGCGUUGCCAUACGGAUGGCUCAAGGCUUGAAAUUGGGGUUCGGAGACAAGCCUUUGAGAGGGAGGAGAAAUUUGACUCUGUCUCCUCGGUCGAGUAAAUCUACUCAACUACCCUCAGACCGUUGGAAAGACCAGGAGAUUAGGCGUCGUACCAUGUUCAGUUGCUUGAUACUGGACCGUCUUUUGUCCUGCGGAUCUGAUCGGGUUUCCAUGGUUCGGUCCGACGAUCUUCAAAUCCAGCUGCCAUGCACUGAACACGCCUUCGACCUAGGCCGCGUUGUCUAUACCGGAUUCUUACGACAGGUGGGACAUGGCAUGGAGCCACCAAUCGAUGACAGUGUCUUGAGUCGAUUCGUGCAACUAGCAGAUUUCUGGGGCGAUAUCACCAAGUACAGUUUCGCGGGCGGCCGCCAUACGGAAUCCCUUCCGCCGUGGGACCAAGAGUCGACUUUCUAUCAACUGAAUAAGAAGGUAGAUGCCUUUUACGCUCACCUUCCGGAAGAGUUCACCUGGUCUAGCUCGAACUUUUGGAAACACGACAACAGCACGUAUGUGUCACUUCACAUGCUGGGUGCCCUAUGCAAAAUCAUGCUGCAUCGCGAAUACAUCCCGUUCAUCGCCAUCAAAUGUUCCGAGCCGGUUGGUCCUCUGGACGAGCCCGUCUUUGACCCCGAAACUGUUCCCGACCACUUUUGGGAGCGAAGCGCAGAGCAGGUUUUCAAGGCUGGAAGGGAAAUCAUCGACCUCAUCUCGACAUGCCGAGACAAGCUUCCUCAUUCGUCACUAGUCAUAUUCGCAAUUUGGCAAGCAGCGUUUGUUAGAAUAUACGCAAGGCACUAUCCCCACAUGGAUACUCAAAACCACAUGGUUAGUAAACAGGAGAUCGAAGAACGGAAUUCAGGAGCCAUGUCUGAGAACACGCAGACGGGGAACACCAGUAUCGCUUUCCAAGCAUUGACCAAGGUUGCACCUUACUUCAGCAUGGCCUCCAAUUACGUCACGUAUUUCAAGGACAUUAAUCAGUAUCUCACCAAGGUCUACUCCGACUACACAAAUCGAGGUUCGAAGAAGAGCGGAGACGGUUCUCUAACCAUUCGACUGGGAGGAGGUGGCGGCGGACUAGAAGAGUGGAGGGCAAAGGCCGACAAGAUUACGAGCAACGGCAUCAUCAUGGACGAUGACCGUCCAACCGCCUACGACGGCUCUGAUGGAUCGCGGGCUAGCACAUUGGAAAGAAGCUCUUCCUUGGGACCUGAGUAUUCUCAUCUCAGCGGGAGCGGUUCGGACAGCCGGAGGGAUUCCCGCCAAGCGUCGUCAUUUACCGCCAUCAACGCCGCCGCAUUCCACCAGCAAGCCGGUCACGAAGGCUAUGUCGGAGGCAUUCCACAUCACUCACCAACUCAGGGCUUCCCGCCAACUCCCGGCUCCCUAUCAAACGAGGCUACGAUGGCUAAUGUUAAUGCCGAGACAGUCAGCAUCGAUUCAUAUGUGCAGCAGAACCAGGGUCAGCGAUUCGGCACUAUGCUUGAGGACAUUCAGGAAUUCACGACGGGCGGGAUGGUCUGCGCGCCCAAUAUUGGUGACUGGGACAUGCUCAAGCCCCCCUUCUACACGCAGAUGGCCGGUGGCAACCCGUUGCCCCAGUUCAGCGGGAGUUAUUCUUGA